CGUAGGAGGAGGUGGUGUCCGGGUGGGAGGCAAACUCUCCAGUACAAUAAACCCCUCAAAGACUGGCAUUAAUGGUCUUUAAACCAAGAGGAGUACUUGUCGAGAGAGUGUGGCAGAGUUAACCAGAAGCCCUGUUCAUCAUGGACCCAAACGCCAGCGGACUCGCCAUGAGGUUGGCUGAAGCCGGCCAGUCUCAUCUCCUGCAGUUUUGGAAGAAUUUGGGCCCCAAGGAGCAGGCCGAUCUGAACCAUGACCUGCAGGGGAUGGACUUUAAGGAGAUCAAUGGAUUCUUCCAGAAGGCCAUGGAGACGUCCAGCAGCAGCAAACAAGAGAAGAUGGACGCUCGCAUGGAGCCGGUGCCCAGAGAGGUGCUGGGCAGUGUGACGAGGGACAGGGAGAGCCUCAAAGACUGGGAGCUAACAGGUCUACACUGCAUCUCUCAGAGUAAAGUGGCGGUCCUGCUGUUGGCCGGGGGCCAGGGAACCAGACUGGGGGUCUCUUACCCCAAAGGCAUGUACGACGUGCGGCUGCCGUCCCACAAAACCCUCUUUCAGAUCCAGGCCGAGCGCAUAUUGAAGCUGCAGCAGCUGGCUGAGCAGAAGCACAAAAUCAAGUGCUGUAUUCCCUGGUACAUCAUGACCAGCGGCAGGACAAUGGAGUCCACGAAGGAAUACUUCUCAAAAAACAACUAUUUCGGCUUGGAAAAGAACAACAUCAUCUUCUUCCAGCAGGGCAUGCUACCAGCCAUGGACUACAGCGGCAAGAUCAUCCUGGAGAGCACAGGAAAGCUCUCCAUGGCCCCUGAUGGGAACGGGGGUCUUUACAGAGCUCUGGGGAACCAAAACAUCAUGGACGACAUGGAGCGGAGGGGAGUUGGAUUCGUCCAUGUGUACUGCGUGGAUAACAUCCUGGUCAAAGUGGCUGACCCCUCCUUUAUUGGUUUCUGUGUGAAGAAGGGAGCGGACUGUGGAGCUAAGGUGGUAGAGAAGAACAAUCCCACAGAGGCGGUGGGCGUGGUCUGCAAGGUGGAUGGACGUUAUCAGGUGGUAGAGUACAGCGAGAUCACCCUGGCAACCGCUGAGAAGCGCAGCGCUGACGGCCGGCUGAUGUUCAACGCAGGAAACGUGGCCAAUCACUUCUUCAGCUUCUCUUUUCUGAAAGACGUAGUGCAGAAGUACGAGCCACAGCUGCAGCACCACGUGGCCCAGAAGAAAAUCCCAUAUGUGAAUGGAGAGGGUCAACUAAUCAAACCAGACAAACCAAAUGGAAUUAAAAUGGAAAAGUUUGUCUUUGACAUAUUCCAGUUCGCCAAGACAUUUGUGGUGUAUGAGGUGCUGCGGGAGGACGAGUUUUCCCCGCUGAAGAACGCCGACAGUCAGGAUGCAAAAGAUACGCCCACCACAGCCAGACACGCCCUCAUGUCUCUGCACCACCGCUGGGUGCUCAACGCAGGGGGACACUUUAUCGACGAGAACGGCAGACAUGUGCCCGCCAUACCGAGAGACGGAGCGGCAGGCAGUGUCACAGAUGAUGGCAACAGAAACCUGAAGGACGGAACAGACCUGCCAAUCAAGUGUGAGAUCUCCCCACUGGUGUCCUACGGGGGAGAGGGUCUUGAAGAUCUGGUGAAGGGACGAGAGUUCCAUCCAAACGUGAUGAUCGAUGAGAAAGGAGUCCACGAGCUGGUGAAGAACGGAGUUUAGACAAUAAAGGAGAGAGAGAAAGGGAACACCAAAGACCAACCUCCCUUUGUCUCUCAACAUUGUCAUCACUGUGCAAUAACAAAUAGACAUGCACAUUUUCAUGAAAGAGACUGUCUUCUCCAAAAUGAAUGAACGAGCCAGAUGAAUUGAAUCGUUUGCUUUUCUGCGCCAAGUUUUCUUUCUGCUUCCUACGUUAAUAUCAUAUUAAGUUCAUAUUUGUUAUGAAGAGCACUUGAACAUAGCAUAAGAUGAAGUACGAAAUCCCUGUUUUACUGACUGGAUGAAGCAGUCUUCAGGUGCAUCUAUUUAUUUAGUUUAUGAGACUUAUUUUUAUAUGUACUGAUAGAUGCUCUAUAGGUGGAAAUGACCAUCUACUCAUUUUACCUGGUGAUUUUUAUACAACAUUGAACUGAGAUGAAAUAAUCAGAAAGGUGCUUAUUAAUUAGCAUGUAAUCUAGGUACAUGGUACGGGAUGUGGGGGGUAUUUAUAAUAUCUGGUUCUUUUCAGCUUGCAAUCGUUGAAGAUCAGAUAUUAUCCAGCUUUAAGAGAUGAUUUCUAUCUUCUUUAUUAAAGAAGUUUCCUAAUUGGAAAACCAACUGAA